GAUCAGAUAAGUUUAACUCGGGCCAUUCUCCUGUACCACACAUUCGUUUCCAACAAAUCUCGGAUCAGAUAAGGAGACGGCAAAGGAGCUCCCGGGAACAUGCCAUUUGGUAUGCCUCAGGUGAACCCGUUUGCAUCCACGGGUGCUUGGGCCCGCUGCAGAUGCAUGGGAAAAGUGUUGCCAAGUGUGAUUCGGGGAGUUAAUUACGGAGUGGUUGUUUUCUGGUGAGCUCCACUUAGGGGGGUUCUUUCAAACCUACGAUACCGGGUUUACUUCCGUAGUAGCAAUUAUUGCCAGUCAGGAAGCCUUAAAUUCGGAUCGCAAGAUGUUCCAAGUUCCCCCCCACAAAGGGAAGGUCUUUCUCCCUCUGAACUCUUUACUCUGCUCUGCUAUUUACUAUCCUGUGCUCAGUCCACCAAACCAUGCUGUCGCUUUCCUAUCAGGGCAUACCCACCUAUAUUCAGUCAAUUAUCUCACCCGUUGUUAGCGCCCUCUUUCCCCACGGUUUAUUCCAACGGCAACCUCUUACCAUGCCCAGCAACGAAGGAUCUGUAGGCUCGUCCAGCACCACAAUUCCGAAAAGAGUCCUUGUGAUAGGCGGUUCAUAUUCUGGGCUUGCCGCAGCUCUGAACCUGUUGGACCUGUGCCAAGGUCGAGAUUGUCGAUUUGCUGGCGCCUCUAACACCGAGGCUGUUCAGCCCGCAGAAACAAGAGAGAAAGUCCCAGUACAGAUAACCAUCGUGGAUGAAAGAGAUGGUUACUUCCAUCUUAUUGGGACUCCACGCGCCUUCGCAUCGGAAGAGUAUGCUUCAUUCUCCUGGAGAAAGUUCGCCGACAUUCCCGCCCUGCAGACACCAGCCAUAAAAUUCAUACAGGGAAGCGUUACUGGCGUGGACUGUGAGCGAAAGAUCUCUACGAUCAAGGAGGCCGGCACCAACAAGGAAAUCACCCAAAAGUAUGACUACUUAGUUGCAAGCUCUGGGUUGAGACGAACUUGGCCGAGUGCGCCAGAAUCCCGGAAUAAGGAUGACUAUUUCAGGGAGGUAGAGGGACAUAUUGCGAAAACAAAGCUGGCCCAAGAGUCCGUCGUUGUCAUCGGUGGUGGAGCCGUCGGCAUCGAAAUAGCAAGCGAGUUGAAAGAGAUGCAUCCAAACCUAAAGGUCAUCCUAAUCCACUCAAGGGACAAGCUUCUGUCAUCGGAGCCUCUUCCUGACGAAUUCCGUGAUCGGGCCCUCGAGCUACUCCAUGAUACUGGCGUCGAAACGAUCAUGGGCUCACGGGUAAUCGACACAACCCAGGCUCAGCUAAACGGGAACAUAACCCCAAGCUACACACUCACAUUAGCAAACGGACGUACGGUAAAGGCAGGAUACGUGAUCAAUGCCAUAUCGAAAUACAGCCCAACAACCACAUAUCUGCCCAGCUCUGUGCUUGACAAAGAAGGCUAUGUGAAAGUCAAUCCAACUCUAAACUUCAUCGACGAAGUUCCUAAUGCUCAAUACCACUUCGCAGCGGGGGAUCUGGCCCUGUUGUCUGGUAUCAAAAGAGCCGGGCGGGCAAUGUAUCACGGGCACUACGCCGGGAUGAACAUUUACCAGCGGAUGCUAAACGAACGAUUCGGGACGCCGCCGAAAUUUUCCGAAGUGGCACACUUGCCGCCGUCCAUGGCGAUAGCUGUGGGGAAGAAUACUGUCGCCUGCGGCCCCGAAGGCGUGGUGUCAGGAGAGGAAAUCGCGAAAGUUUAUUUUGAAGAUGACUUAGGAUUUGGGAUUUGCUGGAAUUACCUAAAGCUCGGAGAGGCGGCGGAGUCUUGACGUUUGCGUUUAUUCAUGGGAUGACUUAGGCUUGCUCUCUAGGCCCUAUGGUGUUUUGGCGUCCAGGCGAGAUAUAAUGAUAGUCAGGGUAUAGGUUUCAUUAUGUGAAGGGCUACAUUUUAUGGGAUAAUCAACGGGUCAAUUAGAAAUUGAAUAUAUCAGUUUAUGGUAAAUAAUUUUCUCUUUUCGUAUCUUGGUGCUUCAAGAAAUGUUUCCUGUUCUAGAAGUAGAUAUGUAGUUACGUUUGGAGAUUUAUUUUUGCCAAUAUAGGCAUAGAAUUUAAUAAUAAAGUAGUGUAUAAAGGAGUAUCUAGUAGCAUUAUUAUUAUAAAAGUUGUAUCUGAAAUUGUAACGAAAUCGCCGUAGAACAAACUCUAUGUUCG